AUGGUCGCCUACAAGCUGAUCUACUUCCCGAUCCGUGGACUGGCCGAAGUUUCGCGACAGGUGGCUUUAUUUUUUUAUUUUUUUGAAUAAAUUUUUGAAAUUUCCAGCUCUUCGCCCUGGCCGAUGUUGACUAUGAAGAUGUUCAAAUUGCGGUCGAGGACUGGCCAAAUAAGAAAGAAGGUUUUUUUUUCUGAAAAUUGAGACAAAGUUUGAUCUUCAGAGAUGACUUUUGGCAAGCUGCCAGUGUUGGAGGUAGACGGCGUGCAGAUCCCUCAGUCCGUCGCCAUCGCCAGGUUCCUCGGCAGGAAGUUUGGUGAGAAAUGUUUUGCUAAAUAAAAGAAAUAUCCUUUAAUUCAUUUUUCGAGUCGUCUAUCUAUAAUUAGAGCACAAAAAGGCACCUUUCUGAAGCUAGCUGUUCCUAAUUAUCCUUUUCUGGAAAUGAAAUUCAAAGCGAUAGAAAAAAUGAUAAUUUUUUUUCGCUUGAAAAGCAGCAGUCAAUUUUCAAUCUUCUGCGCUCUAAUGAUAAAAAAAAAGAAAUUUGGGUUUUUCUACGCUUGAAUGGUAAUCAUUGAGCAUUAAAGUGAGAUUUCGUCUAUAAAAACUUCAAAGUUCAGGUUCUUUUAGUAGUCUUUCACUUCAAAGAACGUUAAUCCAAAAAAGCUGAAAAGCUUUUUAUUCAGUCUUAUGCGCUCUAAUGAUAAAUUAUAUUAUCACUCGGAUCUCGGACGCCCCCCGGACGUCUUUGAGCAUUUCUAGAGGUCACUUCAGCGGCUUCAGCUCUCAUGCUCUCAUUAGAAAAUUUCAGAAACGUCUCGGUUUGCGUUGCCGAGGUCCAUGUCCUCUACCGUAGAGAAAAAAUAACUCCAUUUUUUGAGCCGUGGAUAUUCAAGUUAAGACAUCACUUAAAAAUCAAAUUCAAAAACAAAAAAGGCGCCAACGGCAUGGAACUAGGUUAAAAAAAAAGUUGUUUUGGUUUUUUGUACGACACUCCGCUAAAACGCUUUGAAAAUCGGGUGAAAAGUAUAUGAGAUUAAAGAGGAAGGUUUUCUCUAUGUUUCCACCAAAUUUCUCUGUGUUUGAUUCAGUAUUGCGCUUUUACGAAAACAUCAAACACGAAAUCUAAAAAACCAUCGAAUUUCACUAUCGCAAAAAGGGGCGUGGUUUUGCGGUCUCUACAUAAACUUCAGGCUACGCCGGUAAGACUCCGGUCGAAGAAGCGCUGGUCGACGCGUUCGCCGACCUUUUCAAGGACUUCUACACCGAAUCGGCCGACUUCUACUACCGUGCCGCCGGAUUCAGAGAAGGAGACGUCGAGGAAGCCAGAACCAGGGCCUUGAUCCCGGCUCGGGACACGUUCCUUCGAAUUAUCACCGAGUACUUGAAGAAGAGCAAGUCAGGUGAACAAUUUUUUGAUAAAGGUCUUAGAAUUUCAGGUAUAGCUAUGGAGCACUCUUCAUGUUCUAGAUUAAAAAAAAACCCUUGAGUGAGCACUUCAAACUUCACAGUGAUGUCUAGAUCUGAAAACUAUGCUCGUCUCUCCGAAAAGACUUGAUCUCUCUCGAUUCCCCCAGCUUAAGAGAAAUAGAGGGCGCAGAUAAGCUAGAACCUUCAAAAUGACCAAUCCUUUUCAGGAUUCCUCGUCGACAGCGGUCUGACCUUCGCUGACCUUCUCAUCGUCGACAACAUGACCUCGUUGAUCUCCUUCUACUCGGAAUAUCUGAAGGACUACCCGGAGGUUGCGCUUUUCGGAAAAUUCCUUAUAGUAAAUAAGGAAGUUCAGGUCCAAGCCUGGUACGACAAGGUCGUCAACGUGCCCCAGAUCAAGGCCAGAAUCGAAACUCGCCCGAAAACUGUUGCAUAA